UUGUGAGUUCUGGCCCCACAUUGGGCUCUGUGCUGACAGCUCAGAGCUUAGGGACUGCUUCAGAUUCUGUCUGUCUGUCUGUCUGUCUGUCUCUCUUUCUCUCUCUGCCCCUUCCCAACUCCCACUCCAUCUGUCUCAAAAAUAAAUAAACAUUAAACAAUUUUAUAAGGUGCUUUAUGAUUCCGUUGGGCCCAUCUGCACGAUGCAGGAUAAUCUCCCCAUCUCAGGAUCCUAACUUCCUACAUCUGCAGAUACCUUUGCCAUAUAAGGUACACUCACAGGCUCCAGAGAUGAGGAUGUGGACAUCUUUUAGGGGUGAGGGUCAUUUCUUGAGCUUUAGCAGACCUGAUAAUAGCUAAAAAUGUUUUUAUUUUUUCUCCAUGCUUCAUUGAUAGUCGGGCUUGGUAUAGAACUCUAAGUUCAUGAUCAUUUUUUUUUCUCAGAACUUUGGAAAUAGAGUUUCAUUAUCUUUUAGCUGGAAAGAAGUUUGAUACCAGUCUGAUUCUUAUUCCUCAGUGUAUGACUUGAAAUUUUCCCUCUCUCUAAGCUUCUGAGGUCUUUUGCUUAUAUUAAAUACUACAAAUGGCUUAAAGUGAGUGUAAACUUAAUGUGUGAAGUGUCCAGUUAAGUGUGAUUAAUGUCCGCAAGCAUGCCUCCAACAUGACUGUUAACUUUUGCAAAGUGGUUUCCAAAUUGUAGGUCCCUGAAGAGGAGUAAGAAGGAAUAAAUAGAAUAGAACAGAAAAUUUCACAGAGCCGUCCUACAGUAGUUAUACACAUUGUUCCCUAAAAGGUGUUUCACUUGUAUAUGUGUGGUGUGUUAAAACUUUCCAAAACCUUCCAAAAUUUAGCUUGUAUUCAUUUAGUGUCUGAAAUAGAGGCUGACGUUCUCACAUUAAAAAUUAUGUUAAGAAGGAAAUGUGUUUGAGGGGAACAUUCCUACCUAGUUUUAGUUUAAUGUUUUCAAUAACAAUUUUCUUUGUUGCUUUAUGACAAAAUUUAGGGCAAGUAGUAAGCAUGUGGUUAACUUUGCAGCAGGAGGUGAAGGCGUGUUCUAAAGCGGCUUGUCUCAAGCCCCUGUUUGUUGUCAGAUGGAAAUGCCGGGUGUAGGCUGCUGUGGCUCAUACUUGGGAUCUGGCCUGAAAGACAUGUUUUUACCCUCAACAAACAUCAUCUUUGUUAGAAUAUCUGGAGUCCGUGUAGCCACAGAAAGGUCUUUUCUUCUCCCUUAGAAACGUUUUCUUUCUUGUGCUUGUUUCACAAAUAGUUGAAAGUAGAGCUGCCUUCCACUUUUCUGUUUCAGUUUGUUGCAAGAAUGUGUGAGGCACCACCUAACUCGCCUGGUGUGCUUGAGAACUGUAAAAUAAUAAUGAAAUCUUGGAGUAGAUAAGUUUAAUCUAUGAGGACUGAAGCCGCCGUUAAUUCCCAGGGCCGGACUAACCGUCUAACAAAUGAUUCGGACCAGGAUGUAGCCCUCAAACUUGCCCAGGAGCGAGCCGAAAUAGUUGCUAAAUAUGACAGAGGACGAGAAGGUGCAGAGAUUGAACCUUGGGAGGAUGCUGAUUACCUUGUUUACAAAGUCACGGACAGAUUUGGCUUUUUACACGAGGAGGAGCUCCCAUAUCAUAAUGCGGCUGUGGAACGGCAAAAACAACUGGAAAUUGAAAGAACGACUAAGUGGUUGAAAAUGCUAAAAGGAUGGGAAAAAUAUAAGAACACUGAAAAGUUUCAUAGGAGAAUUUACAAAGGAAUCCCACUCCAGCUCAGAGGUGAAGUCUGGGCUCUACUUCUGGAGAUCCCUAAAAUGAAAGAAGAAACAAGAGACCUUUAUAGUAAAUUAAAGCACAGAGCACGGGGCUGUUCACCUGACAUCAGACAAAUAGACCUUGACGUCAACCGCACAUUUAGGGACCAUAUUAUGUUUAGAGACCGAUAUGGUGUUAAGCAACAAUCCCUAUUCCAUGUUCUUGCUGCAUAUUCUAUUUAUAACACGGAAGUUGGAUACUGUCAGGGGAUGAGCCAGAUCACAGCUUUGCUCCUUAUGUAUAUGAAUGAAGAAGAUGCCUUCUGGGCCCUGGUCAAACUAUUCUCAGGCCCCAAACAUGCCAUGCAUGGCUUUUUUGUUCAAGGUUUUCCUAAACUCUUGAGAUUUCAAGAACAUCAUGAAAAAAUACUGAAUAAAUUUCUAUCCAAGCUUAAGCAACACUUGGAUUCUCAAGAAAUCUACACAAGUUUUUACACAAUGAAAUGGUUUUUUCAAUGUUUCCUUGAUCGUACUCCCUUUACACUAAACCUCAGAAUAUGGGAUAUCUACAUCUUUGAAGGAGAACGAGUUCUUACCGCUAUGUCUUAUACAAUCUUAAAAUUACACAAAAAACACCUAAUGAAACUGUCCAUGGAAGAACUUGUAGAAUUUCUUCAGGAGACCCUGGCAAAGGAUUUUUUCUUUGAAGAUGACUUUGUAAUAGAGCAACUUCAGAUUUCUAUGGUAGAACUGAAGCGCGCAAAAUUAGACCUCCCAGAACCUGGUAAAGAGGAUGAAUACCCACGGAAACCUUUGGGACAGCUUCUACCCGAAUCUGCUGGCAUCAGUCACCUGAGCAACGGACAAAGAAGCAUGGGCAGGUCAAGUCCCCCUCUGAACAGCAGAAGAGAGAGCAGCUCUUCACCCCACAAAAAGCAUGAGCAUUCCCCUCACCAUCAAGGUCGAGUUGGCACACCAGAAAGAGUAAGGGCGCCGAGAAGAAAAUCCGUGGACGAAGACAGUAAAAAGCUUAAAGACGAAGCAGAUUUGCAAAGAAAACUUCCAUCGGGCCCACAAGACAGUUCGAGGCAAUAUAAUCACGCAGCUGCUAACCAGAACAGCAAUGCCACUUCAACUGUCAGGAAGGAAUUUGUGCCCAAGUGGAAUAAACCGUCAGAUACUUCAGCUAUUGAAAAAACUGCCAAAUAUGCCAUCGAAGGCAAAAGUAGGUCAGCACACCCCUCGCUCACAGCCACCGUCCCGAGUUCUGCUGAUACUCGGAUGUCGAAUGUGAGGCAAAAGAUGAAGGUUUGGGAUGUCGAUGAAGGGAAACGGGGCUCCAAUGCAUCCCAGUACGAUAACGUGCCCGAGAAUGAUAACAGCGCGUCUAUUGAAGAGGCGCUAGAAAGAGCUUACUGUCACAGUCCCAGGAAGCACGUGGAGCCAGGGUCUAGUCCAUCAAGAGCCUCAAACAAGUUUACUUUUAAAGUGCAGCCUGCAGGUUACACAAAAUACCCGUCUCCGUUAGACAGGGAAGAUCGCAGGACAGUGCACCCACCCUCCUACAGUAACCCCCCUGUGUACCACGGAAAUUCUCCCAAACACAUCCCUGCUGCCGACAGCAGCUUUGCAUCUCCACAGUUUACCCGUGGGACUCCAGGGAAUCCUUCCAGGAGACCUUAUGGCUCUACUCUUUCAGUCGAUAUUUCUCCAGAGAAAUCUUACAGCCGCCCUCUUCCUCUUGUCCUGCCAUCCAGCCGAAUAGAAGUUCUUCCUGUGGAGACCAGUGCCGGGGGGUAUUCAGGCAAUUCGGAGUCACCAAAGAAUGGGAAAUUCAUCAUUCCUCCAGUGGAUUAUCUGCCGGAUAACAGGAAAUGGUCAGAAGUUAGUUACACAUACAGACCUGAGACUCACGGACAGCUGUGGACUCAAGAUGCUAACCGUAGCCACUUGAGCAAGUUACCAAAAUAUUCCGCCUUUCAGCAUGUUCCCUUUCAGGACCAUAGCCUCCCAGCAGUCUCAGUAGAUAGUCCAGUGCGAUACAGAACUUCACCAGGUUUAGAAGAUGCCGGUUCCUCUGGGUAUCAAUAUUCAGGGCCCUCGCCUCCAGGAUAUCACUACAGAAAUCGGGAUGGACUUCCUAUUCAAGAAUCAGUAUUGCUGUGAGAAUUUAUCUAUACUUGGUAAAGACAAGAGAAUAGAAACCAUUUGAAACCUACAUUGCUAUGUUUAUAAUUGCCAAAGCAGUAUUUCCUACUACUGUAAACAUCUUGCACAAUUCCAGUGUAUGCUAGUAAUAAGAAUAUGUAGAAGCGUUUCAUCCCCACGUAGAUGCUGCUUAAGAUGAGCAGUUUUUAAAUUGCAUCAUCACUGAAUCUGCUCAAAAGAAUUUAACAUGGAAACAUAGCAGUGGUGUUGAGGGAUGCACACAUGAUGAUAAUUCAUCACUCAGUUUCAUUUAUAUCUUUCUCCAAAACCUGAGCAUUUUUACUCCAUUAGCCUAUGCUAUUUUGAGAAACGUUAUAAAGCACUGAAAAACUGCAUAGAAUACACAUUUUUAAGGCUAGAUGUAGUGUACGUAUCUUUUAAUAGAUACCAAAAGGCCUCCGUGCACACACAUUUGAACACAAAACUAAAGAAACGUUAAAAAAAACUAAUUUUAAUAUAUAUCCAUGGGAUAAUUUACUGUUCUUCCUUUCCUUAUCUUUCACUCAAGUUCCUCCCCCCCCCCCCCCCCAUCUGUUUUCCACCCAGGUCCUAAAGUGAUGUAAGGGUGUGCCCCGACUUGAUUCAGCUUCUCUGCCAUUGCAGCCAUUUUCUUUCCAUCUGAAAAUUAAAGACACUGGAGAGCAAGGCUCACCACUUAAUGGUGCUUAAACAUUGGGGCACUCAAAGUAAGUUUAUGGCCAAAGGCACGGCCGCGCUGCCCGUUGCAUCCACGCACCCUGAGAUCAGUGUCAGAGCAGCUUUAGUUGGUUCGGCGCCCUUUGUUCUGGUCUGACUCUUGCAAAGCUCAGAGCUGAAUGCUCCUUGCCAGAUGCAAAGGAAGCGCGAGGUCCUGCUCUCCAGUGGAUGCCAGCAGGAGGAGUUACUGAUGAGUGCGCGCUCACGCGGGGCAGCAGAGCAGCUCCUGUGAAGUUCAUUCGAAAGCUGGAUCAGCAGUAUGGUGACUUCUCACUUCUGCCCUUUCGAUUCCUGCAGGCCCAGAGCGUUCAUUUACACGAUCUUUUCCUGGUACUCUUUCUUUAAAGGCCCUAGUGGGUAUCACUGCCCUUGGGCCACUAAAUUAUCACUGUGUAAAACUGUAAACAAUGAUCCUAAUUAUUAAUAGGAGUCUUAAGAUUUUAGUCUUUUUUAAAAACGAGUGUGACUUUCAUACUUUCAAAAAUCUCCUUUUUUUCUUUCUCAGUGAAAAAAAUUCAGGUUCAUGGUUUAAAAAUGAGCAAUGUCUUUUAAAAUACUCUAUUACACUACAAUUACCAAAACGCUGGCAAAGUUUUGGGCACUCCCAGAAAGUAUGACUUUGUGUUUAACGGGAGAGCUCGUUUUCAGCAUACUUGCCUGGUGUUUGAAUAAUGAAGAGAGUAGGAUCAACCUAACGUCCAUGGCUCUUCUUGUCACAAGUUGGAGCUUUAAACUUCCAAGGUACCGAAGUAUAUCUUUUCAAAUGAGAGUAACAUUUGUUUAGCUAGUGAAUGUGACAAUAUUUUUUAUGUAUAUAAUGAGUCUAAUGUAAUUUUAAUCAACUCAGUAAUGAUGUUAUUUAAAUGGCAAAACAAAUGCAGUGUGUUAGCAGCUAAGCACGACGCUGGAGCACAGACAAAACCCUGCUGUCCCUGGGCUCUUGAUUCGGAUCAUGUGGAGGCUUAGAAAGACAUGUAUAUAACGAAAUGCAGCUAAGGAUAUUAGUUCGAAUUUUUAAACCAUGAUUCUGUGACUUGUAAUAAACCAAGCUGUACAAUUUAGGGUAUGAUGGCAGCAUCUGAGCUGUUCCAAAAUAUAUAUGUCAACAGUGGUAAAUACUGUAGAUUUAUAUAUAUAUAUAUAUAUAUAUAUACAUAUAUAUAUAUGCAGAAUAUAUAUAUACACUAUUUUCUUAUGUCAUCUAUGACAUUUUUAUCUGUAUACUUUUUUUGAUGUGAUUGUUUUUAACAUGCUAAAAGUAAUAAGUAUAUUUUGUUUUGUGUCUUUCACGUGCUUUUUUUUCAUAUGGUAAAAGUGCUGCGUCUCUGAUGCUUCUGAAGCUAAUUUUCUUCUCAUUGAGGAGAUAUACUACUCAGUGUUUGCCUACAUGACUAUAUAUAUAUAUAUAUAUAUCACAGUCGUAUGUUAAAUACUUUAUUAAUUUCCAGGAGUGCUGUAUUUAGAACUACAUCACCUUUGCUUUAUUUUGUCUGCCAUUAUUAAUAGCAAUAAGGUAUUUCCAGUCUUCCCCACUAUAAAAUGUAGCUCUCUGUCCAUUAGUUUUUCAAGUAGGGAACUUUAAUUUGAAGUUAUUUUGCUACCGUAGCAUUUUAGUCUUUCAUAUUUAUCUUGUAAUAAAAGAUAAAUAAUGGAAUAAUGAUAAAAGAUGAAGUAAUAUUAGUAAAGUGGGUUAAAUAUAAUCGUGAACCUGUAUUUGGUGAGGGUCCUCACAGAGCAGAGGCUGAUCCUGACAGCUGCACACGCUGUAAAUAUCUCUCCAUUAUCCACUCUUUUCCUUAUAGCAGUCUUGCUUCACACAAUAAGCACUUUGGUCUAUUGUUUCAAUAUCUAGUUUGAAAAGUUAAAGAGACUGGACCCGGAGUCUCAAAGGGUUUUAAAACUUUGACUCUUUCAGUUACUUACACUUUUUAUUGGAUUUUUAAAAAAUAGACAGCUUUUUAAAGCUGAGAGAGAUGUGUAUGUGUAAAUGUAAAGUCAGAUUUCAAAGUACUAAAGGGGAAGAAAAAUUAUUUUUCCUUCCACCCUGCCGGGUUCUCCAGCCACAGCCUGUACCUUGGUCUGACAGAAGCAGAUCAACAAGAGAAAAACAGAAGCGUUCUCACAGGUGCAUCCUGCAUUCACACGGUGCCCGGUCCUGAGUAACUCAACGGAGGGUUGGACUUGGAGGUCUGUGCAGCUAACUUAGCAGGGAAAGGGAGGG